AUGGCUUACGACAUGCCCUACUCCAACAGAGAAAGUGGACGAGAUUAUCGCAAUGGUUCUCGACACGUUGAGCAUCCAUAUGAAAAUUCAGGCUCAAGAAAACGCUACCGUGAUGCUCCACAACCAUCCUUCGAAAAUGAUGUAAAAGAUCGAGAGUAUGACUAUUACAGUGCAGAUAACGAGUUCCUUUCUCCUAACAGACGAAUGCACCGAAGUAAAGAUAAUCCAGUGAAAUAUCGCUCGGAUUCACGGUACGACCGUUAUGCAGACACUAGCCCUGUCGCCAGAAAGCGUAGUAGAGUGGAUGUUCAAGGUGAUGCAUCUCCUCCCAAGCCAUCUCGCAUUCUUGGUGCCUUCGGAUUGGCAAUGCGUACUGAAGAAAGAGAUUUAUACGAUGCCAUGAAAAAAUAUGGUGAUAUUGAAGAGGUCAAGAUUGUUCAGGAUAGUAUAUCAGGGCGUUCACGUGGCUUUGCAUUUAUAUAUUUUCGAUCCAUGGAAAGCGCCAGGGCUGCACGUGCAGCGUGUGCUAGGGGCUUGGAGCUACAUGGUCGCAUUGUCCGAAUUGACUACAGUUUUACCAAAGGACCACACGAUCCCACUCCUGGAGUAUAUAUGGGCAAAGAGAAUAAACGACUCAGUCAUGGUGGACGUGGACGUCGGCCAAUGUUUGAAGAGCGUCGAAGAUCUCCUAUGUAUGAAACUCGAGCUCCUCCUAGACCACGUCCUUCUCAACGAAUGCCUCGACCACCAGUAAUGGAAAAAUCCAGUCGUUAUGAUCAGUCACCGACACUAGAAGAGACAAGUCGACCGCGUGACUUGUUAGCAUACAAUUCCGGCGGUCGAAGUCGUUAUCCAAGGAAUGGUGAUAGUAUGCAUCAAAGUCAUUCACGUCCAUCUCGUCCUGUUGUCAUGCGUAAUUCGUAUAAUAGUAUGCGGCGUCAAGGAAGAAAUGAAUUUGCAUCAGUGAAUAACAGCUUUUCAUCAAAUUAA